GGACAAUGUGUUCAUCCAUAGCCACCCAGGAACCCUCUGUCUGCCCAGCUGGGUAUUUUUGCCCUGCUGGGACUGCCCUACCUCAGCCCUGUCCUUUAGGGACUCUCAGCAACCAGACAGGAGCUCAUUCCCCCUCUGCCUGCAAAGCCUGUCCAUCUGGAGUUUAUUGCAACUCCUAUGGAGCCUCAACACCACAUGGUUUAUGUUUAGAGGGUUACUACUGUGAAGGAGGAGCCACUGAGCCAAACCCAGAGAGCUCAGAUAAUUUCCCAAGGAAUGGCCCUUGCCCGGUGGGCCACUACUGUCCAGCAGGAUGUCUUUCCCCAGUUCCUUGUCCUCUUGGCAGCAUCCGCAACUCCACUGGCGGUGUCUCCAUGGAAAGCUGUUCUGCUUGUCCUGCAGGACACUACUGUGCAACCGAGGGUCUACCAAGACCCAGUGGCCCCUGUGCUGCUGGUUUUUACUGCCCUUUCGACUUCUCUUCAACGACUCCAUAUGCUUUUCUAUGUCCCAAAGGACAUUAUUGUCCAGAAGGCUCUGCUCUGGCCCUGCCGUGCCCCACAGGAGAGUACCAGCCAAACCCAGGCUCAGAUAGCUGCAUCCCCUGCCGCCCUGGAUUCUACUGUGAGGAAGCAAUCGUGGGAGAUCCAUGGCGCUGCCCCGCACACUCAUUUUGCCCUGCGGGGACCAUGGUUCCUCAGCCCUGUCCUAAUGGGACUUACACUCAUUCAAACCAGACAGGGCUGCUGGAAGAGAGAGAGUGUUUACCCUGUCCUCCAGGACGGUUCUGCCGAGCUGGGAGGAUCCAGGGUGUAUGCUCUGCAGGUUAUCUUUGUCUUUCUGGGAGUGCAGAUUUCACCCCUCUGGAAUCAAUAUCUAACUUGACCCAUUGUCAGUGGGGUGUACAGUGUGCUGGACCAUGUCCACCAGGUUUCUACUGUCCUGAGGGCACAGAGAAGGCUGAAUUAUGUCCUGAAAACACUGUGCGAACUUCCCCAGGAGGUGCAAGCAUACAGGAUUGCUUACCAUGUCCACCUCGGUAUUGGUGUAAAACUGGAGCUCCAGUCCUUCAACUCUGCCCUGCUGGACAUUACUGUGAUGGUUUGCCUGGCAGUGACUUUAAUGGGGGGGCAGGACCCAGGCCAUGUCCCAUGUACACCUAUCGAGCUUCCCCUGGAGCCGGCAGUAAGGGGGACUGUCUGCCCUGCCCUCCUGGUUCCCACUGCAACAGUACAGGACUUUCUGAUUACACCAGUAAUCCCUGUCCUCCUGGCUACUGGUGCAGUGGGUAUGGACCACCCAUCUUCUGUCCAGCAGGUACUAAGAGGUCCAUUCCUGGAGCUGCUGCCCCAAGUCAAUGUGAAUCCUGUACAGGGGGAACCUUCUGCCCAGAUCCACGGGCUACAGGGAAACCCAAUGUGGAGGGUAUCGCCUGCCGGGCUGGUUACCAAUGCCCCACGGGUGCAGUCUCAGAGACGCUAUGCAGAGCAGGCUCAUACUGUGGACCUCAAACUGCAGAGCCUCAAAUCUGCCCUGAAGGUUAUUUCUGUCCUCAGGGAUCCCAUUCUUACAACACCCCCAAACAACUCUGUUUAUUUCCCUACUACUGCCCAGCCAACAGCUCUUCCAUGAAGUCCUGUGAAGGGGGUACUAUGCCUGUCAGCACCAGUGGGCUCAGAGGAUCCCAAAGCAGCUGCUGUAGUGUUUGUGAGGGCGGAACCUACCGUCCAUACCUCUCCACCAGCCCACAGUGCCUUAUGUGCCCAGCAGGAUACUUUUGCCCUCCAGGCACCGGCCACUACAAGGCCCACCCUUGCCCUUUUGGGUAUGUCUGUCCCAUGGGAUCCACUCAGGCAAUACCCUGCCCCCCUGGCUCCUUCGGGAACCUCACGCAUGGUGACAAAAAUGACUGUUAUCCAUGCCCAGCUGACACCUUCAACCACCUGCCUGGACAGAAGGCCUGCUUUCCCUGUGGCAGCUCAUCCUUCUCAACACCAGGUUCUUCUUCUUGUACCUGUAUUGGUAAGAACCGAGCCUUCCAGCAUUCAGACGGGUCAUGUUUGUGCAGAACUGGUUUUGUGUUCUACAAUGAACUGGAUCAUAAGAGCUCUAUAUCUGACAGUGAAAUGGACUGUCAGCCUGAGGUGAACAGACGGUGUGCUGCAGGAGAGGUACGUCUGGCAGCAUCCAGAGAGUGUGCGUCUCCUUCCGUCCACUCCUGUAAUAUCACCUGUGGACCACACGGAGGAACUCUGGAUGUGGAGAUGGGCAUCUGUCAGUGUGAGCGAUAUGUGUCCGCCGAAGAGCUUUGCAACACUUCCUGCCUUUACAGAUUGCCUCAUCUCUCUGCUAAGCUCUCGCCAGAUGGACACCUGCUGCUCAGCCUAAAAGAAAGAAACAGCAUGGUCUGGGCUAGGAGCGUGCCAAAUGUUUUAGGUCCAGAUAUCCACGCGAGGAACAUUGGGAAGAUUCAUUUGGUCCAGUUUGACCCUGAAGGAGUUUUUGGUUGGAUUCCUACACAGAGAGAGCUAAUUCAACAGUUUUUAUCAGAACCGAUAGAGGUUUUAGCCACAAGACCCAGGGAGAGGAGAAACACAGAUGACGAUAACAGUGGUGAUUUGGCUGUCCUUCCUCGUAUCCCCAACCCCAUCGCCUGUCUCGCCUCUGGUGACAUGCUUAUUUUUCACCUCACCAUCAAUCACACAGAUCGGCAUUAUAGUCACUUCCCAGUAUAUCAGAAAGACCACCUGUUUAACAGUAACCCCAACUGGGACUUUGGCGCCUUCAGACAUCUGCAGAUACUAAUGAAGCAGACAAACUUCAAUCGUACACGGUUUGCCCAUGUGUUUUCAGAUACAGGGAAAUAUGUGUUUGUGGACAAUGCUGUCCCAGAGCGGAGUCUGGUAGUGGUAGUCAGUGAGGAAGCAACAGAAUGUGAUCCGAGGGCUGCAGUCUUCCAGCCCAUGACUCCAGCUCAGCUGGUCAGAUUUGGGGUUGUGAAGCAGCACCGGCUCAACCUUCUACCCGACUGGGGACUCAUUGCUGGAAUUCUGAGUCUGCUUCUGGUGCUGGUUGUGGUUUUGACCACCACAGUGCUAGUUCUGCGGCCCGGCAAAACAAAGCUCAUCUCCCACUGGAGGAACAAACCAAAGUGGCGCAGCCUCGGGGAGCCCUUCUGUCCAGUGGAGUGUGCUUGCAGUGUAGACAGUCCUGCUGCUUCGGGUCUGGGUGUUCACUUGGGCAGUCGGGGGGUAGGAGAAGGAGCUGAGGCAGAGGAACCGGCAAUUUCAAAAGGAGGAAGUGUUUCAGGCCGCUGUGAUUUAGAGGAGUUCAAUGUCAAGACUCUGUACGACAAACUAGAGGAUCAGAACCUCCACAUAGCUUCACAACUGGCCCGACAUCGCAAAGACACACAAGAGUUCUACAGAAACAUUUGCCAACAAACUGAAGCUUUAAAAAAUAUCUUUGAGAACAUGGAUACUAAAAAAUUGAUGCUUCUUAAAGAUCUGCUUGUCCAUAAUGCCAUGAGGGAUAAACCAUCUAAUAGCAGUGCAGAAGAGAGAGAUACACAAGCUGAAGCCUCUGCAUCAUUACUGGGAGCUGUUCUUAGGUCAGCAGAAGCUCUCUUAUGCAAACUGACAGGAGACACUUGGCAAAACCAGGAUUUACCUGGUCCUCCUUACUGUCAUACUGGUCCUCCUGAUGCCAGGGAUGUUGACCCCAACAUGUGUUACACACAGUUUUCAUCCAUGCAUAUGAACAAAGGAGAGGCUCUUCCCCAUGAGCAAGUUCAUCUACCGAGUACAGCUCCUUGUCUAAGUGACCACGAUCUGUCCAAACUGGUCAGCAUAACACCUUUAUUCAAGAUCCUGCAGGAAAUCCAGCAGUCCUUACAGAACCUCAACACGACUGAGUCAUGUCUUCAUAACAGUACAGAAACGCAGCAAACCACAGAGUGCUCUGUGCAGGAGACCCCUGAACUCAUCCCGACUCCACUAGACAGCCUUUCACCCCAACACUCAGCUGUUUUCCUAUUUGGUUGCCAGGUGAUGCAGCUGCUUGCAAACUGUCCCUUGUUUCCCUCUGUGCUUCUGCUGUUGGCCAAAUCAGUCCCUGUUUGUUCUUCACCUAAUGAGACUCUGCUGACACAUUGCUCGGGGGACUUUUAUUUUGAUGCAACCAAUCAAAUCCUUUAUUUGUCAGAGGAAAAGCUUCAGCACGUGGGAUAUUUCAUCUCCACCAUUCUGCAGUCGAUGGCACAAGUAGCAGCAGGAUCCAAGCCACAGAGUUUUAUGAAAGCUCUCCAUGAGGCCAUUUCAGUUCUAAGCCUUCAGCUGUUCAAACUCUCUUUCAAAGGGAUUUCAGAGUCAAAACUGGAUGCCUCAGAGGAGCAGUACGGUGCAUUAAUUGAGGAAUUUCUCAACAUUAGAGUUCCCACUGAAGCACAGUUCACUGAACAUCUAUUAGCAAGCAGACUGCAGAAAUACAAAUAUCUGAAGUUGGAACAACUCAUUUUAAACCUCAAACAGAACUCAGCUGAAGACAAAGAGAAAGGACUAUCUCCAAAAGGGACGCCAAUACAGAUGUCAUGUAUACAAGAAGAAAUAGACAGUAUGAAUGAGUCGUUCCUGCAGCUGAGCAUGCAGUUACAGAAGAGAGCUCAAAUGAGUACAUGGCAGAAGGAGAGAGCGAACAGUGGCACCCAUUCUGUGAGGGCGACACCGACGACAAUGCCAAGCCUGAGUCGUAAUGGAACAAUCCUGCUGGAACUGAAGAGACGCUAUGUAUCACAGCGCCUCAAUGAGCUCCAAAUCACAUUAGGACAGAUCAGGCAGUGCCAGCAGCAUGACAGCAAUUCAAAAGACAGGACAAGAGGCCAUACACAAACAGACAGCAGCACCACUCAGCAGGAGCAGAGCCUGCUUUAUUCUGGCAUAGAUGACUGCAGCCCCCCUGACGGCUUGGGGCAGGACAGUACUGUAGCGAGCCAAAGUCACAACAAACAAACGGCAGAGAGUGCAGGUCUGGAUAACUAUACAUUUGAGAGUAUUUCUGAGCAGCAAAAGAGUGACACAUUACUGGAUGGACAGAUGCCUGAGGAUCUACUGCAUCUUCAAACUGCAGGAAAGCAACAAGUAAACAGUCAGAUCACAAUAGAAAAUACAACUGGACAUACAAAUAUUGAUGACAUGUGGGAGUCCACCAAUCAGAAGCUGGAUGUGAAUGUGGAUAAAUGAUAAGCAAAUUGGCUUUAUAUUAUUUAACAUUUUCCUCUCGUUUUAGUGCUGUUUGAUGUUUGGCCUAAAAUAGCUCCGCUCUCCAUGUAAAGUAUAAUACCAUCUGUAGUCUUCAAUAAUAAAAGAUCAG